CAUAGAUGGGUUGGGUGUUACCAUUUUAAGCCAACUACAUAAUUACAUCUUAUCAAUCUCCCAAGUUGGGGAUUAUUGAACCUACCUACCCACUUCAACCAACUUCAACCAACCCGAAGCUGGAAUCUGCCAGCCAAUAUCUUUCCAACUGCUGACGUCGACGAAAGAUGUGACCUCAUUCGUUUCUUUCUUUCUUAAGCAGAUUAUAUAGUAAACGGAUCUACGAAACGGAUUCUACCUUCGACGACCAAAGUCCGAACUGUCCGAUCCCUCCGUAGACCGGCGCGCAGUUACGAAUCACCCCCCAAAAAUAACUAUGGCGCGCUCCCGAUUCCUCACGCGCUUCCUGCCUUUCAGCCCGACGGCCACGCCGACACAGGCUGCCACGUACCUCCUCGGCAUCGCGCUCUUCAGCAUCUCGUUCCUGGUGUUCCUCAACUCGGCCGUCUCGUUCGUGAUCACGGACCUCCUGGGCGUCAAGACAGGGGUCGGCGACAUCGUCGGCACACUAGGAUUUGUGGAUGAGGUCGUCGCCCUGGUGGCGUGUCCGGCCUGGGGCUUGGUCAGCGACCGUCUGGGCGUCCGAUGGGUCGCAGUGCUGGGCUACGCGAUCAUCGGCAUUAGCUUGUUCUGCUUCGUCCAGGCCCGAAACGUCUACCCUAGCUUGGUGUUCGCCAGGAUCGCGUUCGCGCUCGGGGCUACGGCUUCGGCGACUAUGGUUACGGCUAUCUUGCCUGUGCUUACGGAUGAUAAUAGGGAGACGAGCGAUGGGGAGGACGAGGUACUGGGGAAUGAAAAUGGGAAUGGAGAGAGUAGGAGCGUGAGGAGUGCGGCCUCUAGUCGUAAGUCGGGUCACCAAGCUAGGGAUAGCGUGGCUUUGAGCUUGGAGAGCGAGGCUACGAUUACUCCGGAACGGUUCACACAGCGCAAUCGAAGUGAUACGGGAGGUAGUAGUUACAUCUCAGAUGACUCCUCGGACGCAUACGGCAGCGUCGAGGGUAGCGGCCGUAGACCGUCCGCUUUAGCCGGAUACGUCGGCUUGUUCACUGGCUGCGGAGCUUUAGUCGCCUUGAUCCUCUUCCUCCCUCUGCCGGCUCAGUUCUCAAGGAAAGAAGGCAUCACACCCGCACAGGCCAUCGCGCACAGCUUCUACGUCGUAGGCACCGUCGCGCUCGCCGUAUCCAUCUUCGUGUUCUUCGGUCUCCGCGGGCUCAAAGGCGAGGAAGGGAAAGGGUGGCGUAUGCUCCUCAACCUACGCAAGCCGCAAAACGCCACCAAUCCCACCCCCAACGCCGACUCCGCCGGUCCGUCGUCAUCGUCAGCACUAACCCCAACUAGGAGACCGCUCCCCUAUCACCGCCUUCUCCUCUCCUCCCUCCGCCUCGGCGCCACAGAUCCGCACAUCGCGCUCGGCUAUCUAGGCGGGUUCGUCGCGCGCGCUAGCACGGUCGCUAUCUCCCUCUUCGUCCCGCUGUACGUCAACGCCUUCUUCAUCGGCAACGGCUUCUGUCGCGGCUCGCCGAACGACCCCUCUCCCGAGCUCAAAAAGGAGUGUCGCGCCGCCUACGUCCUAGCCUCUAUCCUAACCGGCGUCGCUCAGCUCGCUGCUCUCCUCUGCGCCCCGCUGUUUGGCUAUGCUAGCCGUAGGGGCGCUGGCAUCGAUUACUCGCUCGUCAUCGCCGCGCUGCUGGGUAUGGCCGGGUACAUCGCCUUCCCGAAGCUGCAGAGCCCCGAGUACAAGGACGUCGACGGCCGCGGUGGCGGACCCGCCGUUUUCUUGGUCGCCGUGCUCAUUGGCGUUAGCCAGAUCGGAGCUAUUGUGUGUAGUCUCGGGUCUCUCGGACGCGGCGUCCUGGCCGUCGACGCACCCGCCGUCGGUAUCGACGAGGAGGAAGAGAGUGGGGGUGCUGAGACGGAUGCUCUUCUAGGCCCGGAUGGCAGCAGUAGCACCUUAAGAGCAAAAUCAGAGCCGGCUUCCCGCGUCCAGCUUAAAGGCUCCAUCGCCGGCGUGUAUUCGUGGUGCGGCGGCGCCGCUAUCUUGCUGCUGACUAAGCUCGGCGGAUACAUGUUCGACGCCGUGUCGCCCGGCGCUCCUUUCUACAUGAUGGCUGGGUUCAACGGCGCUUUGCUUGUUGCUAGUUUGGGCAUUGGGAUCGCGAGUGGUAGGGGUGGGAGGUUUGCUAGUAGGAGUCGGUCGUCGAGUAUGUGAUAUUGGGAAAUUGCGGGAAUAAGGAGAGGAAGGUAUAGUAGUGUCAAAGAAAGGGAAUAGGGAUGGGGGUAAGGUAUGGGGAAAGGGGAUGGAAAGCGGGAAGCAUGGUUGAAUCAUGUGUAAUAAUACUGUUUGUAUAUAUAGUGCAUGGGAUA